GUGAGUCUGUCUAUGACUUUGUGUAUAUCUACUAAUAGUGCAUAAUCCAGGACUGGUAUCUUGGAUUAGUUAAUAAAAAUGUUAGUUGUGGGUUUCUAUACAAUAGUGUUAUUUAUUUAAAGAAAACGUAAAUAAUACAGUUGAAUAAGCUUAUAUGUAUAUCAUGUAACUUUCUAAUUAACUAACAUGAGCACAAGGGGUAGAUUUGGUCCUCUGGUGGGAGCCAUAGAUGAAGGAACAAGCAGUGCAAGGUUUCUGGUGUUUGCGGCUAACACAGGCGAAGUAUUAACGUAUCAUCAAGAACAAGUUACGCAGAUUUGUCCAAAAGAAGGCUGGGUGGAACAGGAUCCAUUUGAAAUAUUGACAAAAGUCAAGAACUGUGUAGAGACAUCUAUAGAUCAUUUGAAAAAGCUUGAUAUUGACCCAGGAGAUAUUGUGUCCAUAGGAUUGACAAAUCAGCGUGAGACUACUAUAGUAUGGGAUCCAUUGACUGGAAAACCUCUCUAUAAUGCAAUAGUAUGGUUGGAUGUACGGAAUGCCGAUACUGUGGACCAAAUGCGGUCAAAAAUUUAUGGUAAAAAAGCAGAAACUCUAAAGACAAUCAGUGGCCUGCCAAUAAGUACAUAUUUUAGUGCUCUUAAACUGAGAUGGCUGUUGGAUAAUGUACCAGAAGUAAAGACUGCUGUUGAGCAAAAGAGGUGUUUUUUCGGCACUGUCGAUACAUGGCUAAUUUGGAACUUGACUGGCGGCGUUCAUGGAGGUCUACAUAUCACUGAUGUUACCAAUGCCUCAAGGACAAUGCUUAUGAGUCUUCAAACCUUGCAAUGGGAUCCAAUGCUUUGCAGGUUUUUUGAUAUUCCUAUGAGUGUUUUACCACAAAUUAGAAGUUCCUCAGAAAUCUACGGGUAUUUAGCAGAGACCUCACUACGUGGUGUUCCAAUUUCAGGGUGUUUGGGAGACCAACAAGCAGCGUUAGUCGGACAGAUGUGUUGGAAACAAGGGCAGGCCAAAAACACUUAUGGCACAGGUUGCUUCUUGCUAUAUAACACAGGCACUGCGAUUGUGCAAUCCACUCACGGCCUGUUGACGACAGUUGCUUACAAGUUGGGGAAAAACUCACCCGCUAUCUACGCCCUAGAGGGGUCAGUGGCAGUGGCAGGGGCGGCAAUCAGCUGGCUGCGAGACAAUCUGCACAUUUUGUCAGAUGUCAACAUUACAGCCGAGCUGGCACAGGCUGCUUCGUCGACAGGCCAGGUCAUGUUUGUACCGGCCUUCUCUGGUCUCUAUGCUCCAUAUUGGCGCAAUGAUGCACGUGGGUUGAUAUUUGGUAUCUCAGAGGAGACGAAGAAGGAACAUUUAGUGAAAGCUGCGCUGGAGGCUGUGUGUUUCCAGACACGAGACAUUUUGGAAGCAAUGAAUCAAGAUUGUGGGAUACCACUCACCAAGCUGUUGGUAGAUGGCGGCAUGACCGUCAACAGUUACGCGAUGCAGUUGCAAGCAGACUUGUGUGGUAUUCCUGUUGUGCAUCCUUGGAUGUUCGAAGCGACUGCCCUGGGAGCAGCAAUGGCUGCCGGCAGUGCUGAAGGAAUCGAUGUCUGGGAUCUGAAGAACAUGCAACCAGUCCCAAGUGAUACCUAUCUCCCUGCAAUAUCUGACGAUGAACGAGACCUGAGGUAUGCUAAGUGGAAGAUGGCAAUACACAGGAGUAUUGGCUGGGAUCUUGAAGCUAGUCCUAAUUCUAGUCAAAAUAAUAAUAGUUCAAAUGGAACAGACAAUAUCUUAAAGUUGAUGCCAUGUGGGGUCUUCCUGAUGUCUUCCAUUUCUUUGAUAUUACUAAGUCAACAUUUUACAUGUUGACAUCCAAGACUGAUAACAUUAGUUACUAUGAGUAAUAAUAGUUGAGAGUAAUGAAAGGGUUCUUUGCAAUGUUUUCUUUAGUGGUAAAAUCAGUAAAUAACAAGCUAAGUUAGAAGAAUUAAAAAAUCUUACUUUUUGAAGUUUUUUUUAAAGUUAUUUUUCAGUUUCUUAUAAUUUACUGCAACAUACAUUUUCCGUAGGAUAAUAAAUUGUAUAGUGCCAAAAAGGAUUAAGAAUUUAAUAAUUUUUAGUGGUUUAACUUAUAAAAGUGAGACUCUUCACAUUAAUUUAGGGUAUAAAAUACCUCAAUGGGAAAUUAAAAAAUCUCAAAAUAGAAAAAUAUGUUAAUUUGCAUAUUAGUUCAACAAUUUUAUAGCACAGGCAUGUUAUAAACAAAAUUGUUAACCACUAAAAUGGUGGCCACUUAAUUAUAUUACAAAUAACAUUUUUUAUAAAAUAUUGAGUACUAAAUAAACCAUGAAAUUUA